ACCAGGAUAGACUUUAUUAAUUAACGUCCCCCCUGCAUCCAAACUCCCACCAAAAAAUCACCUCCCUUUCUCUCCGAUCCUCCUUUUCCUCCCAAAAAAAUUCCACACACAUUCUUCUCUUCUUCCUAAUUGUCGGAAUCUAGCACCCUCUGUAAUAUACAGAUUUGUUUUUGUUUGUAUAACUUAGUAGUGAUUGAAAAUGGCGGACUCCGACAACGACUCCGGAGGCGGGCACAACAGCCCCAAGAGCGAGCUCUCGCCGCGGGAGCAGGACCGGCUGCUGCCCAUUGCCAACGUCAGCAGGAUCAUGAAGAAGGCUCUGCCGGCCAACGCCAAGAUCUCCAAGGACGCCAAGGAGACUGUGCAGGAGUGUGUCUCCGAGUUCAUCAGCUUCAUCACCGGAGAGGCCUCCGACAAGUGCCAGCGCGAGAAGCGCAAGACCAUCAACGGCGACGAUCUCCUCUGGGCCAUGACGACGUUAGGGUUCGAGGAGUAUGUGGAGCCGCUGAAAGUGUACUUGCAGCGGUUUAGGGAGAUGGAGGGGGAGAAGAGCAGCAUGGCGGCGCGUGAUAAGGACUCGAGCGGCGGGGUUGUGGGGUUUGAGGGAGGAGGAGCAGGAGCAGGAGGAGGGGGAGUCUAUUGGCAGCAGCAGCCGCAGCCGGGACACGUGUACGGCGGCGGGGGGUUUCAUCAGAUGGGUGUUGGUGGGGUUGGGAUUGGAAAGGGGGGGUCUGGGACCAACAUGGGUAGACCCAGAUGAUGAGAAAAAGCAAAACAGACUAUAUGAAUUGCUCUCGUUAAACUCUUUGCUUUGUUAUUCCUGAUCAAGACUUUUAUUUAUCGAAAAAUGAUAGCUUGUGAAUUUGUGUUUAAGUGUGUA